ACAGAUUGAACUACUAGAAGCAGGUUGCUGUGGAAAGACGCAGAGAUUCCAAGCACGUGUAUUAUGCACCCUUUCAUGGUGGUGUUCUAUUCUUUCGCAGCCUUGUGGCUGUUUAUUAUAGUGGCAGAAGCUGGGUACUGCUGGUUUAAGGUUAACAAGAACGGACGUUGCACAAGAUUUUUCGGAGAAGUAACGUCACGUCAGGAAUGCUGUUCAGACAACAGAGCCACCACAGCCUGGACAUCACAGACCUUAGAGUCCGGACAGCUGUUUUACUUGAGAGUUUUUGGCCGUGGUGUACCUUGUGAGGCUUGUAAAGACUCUUGCGUUGGUGUUAAAUGCCCGGAUGGAAGAGCUUGCAAGAUGAAGCGAGGGAAGCCCAAGUGUGUGUGUAGACCAAAAUGUCCGAAACGGAAACGUCGAAUGGGAGUCGUGUGUGGAAAUGACGGAAAAACCUAUAGAAACAUCUGUAAAUUACUGAAAGUUCGCUGUAGAAAAAACUCAAAUUUAGAAGUAGCAUAUUUCGGUCCAUGUCAAGAUAGCAGCUGUGACAACGUCCAGUGUCCAGGAAAGAUGACUUGCCUUCUUGACCAAUACCAUCAACCUCAUUGUGUACAUUGCAGAAAACACUGUCCAGUUAAAAAACGACCUCGUUUCUUAUGCGGCUCCAACAACUCCACCUACACCAGCCUUUGUGAAUUAAGAAGAGCUGCCUGUUUAGAGGGCAGGGCGAUCAAAAAAAUCUAUAGAGGACGCUGUAAAGCAAAUGCCACUUGUGACUCAAUUCGAUGUCGCCAGGGAAAAACGUGUUUAAUUGACUUAAAAACUGACCUUCCCGCAUGUGUUCUUUGUCCACCGAUCUGUCCACGAAUGAAGUUAAGUCCUGUUUGUGCUACUAAUAAUCAGACAUAUGUCAGUUGGUGCCAGAUGAUGGUUGAUUCCUGUCGAACAGGGGUUAUUUUGGAGACCAAAAUCGGCCAGUCUUGUUUAGAUACAUCGGAAAAAAACCGUAUCUCGAUAUCUCAAUACACACCUUAACUUACUGUGCAGGAGAAAGGCUGACUGCGAUGGUAUAAAAACGAAGGAUACAAAAUAGAGUUAGUAACUGUUUUAACAUUAUGAAAGGACCUUCCAGCAGGUUACGCUAUUUACUACCAGGAUUCAAGUGGAGCCCAUUACAUUCAAGUAUUGCACGAAUUCGUAAUUAUAUGGCUUAAUCAUCAUAAAGUGCUGUGUUACUGUAUAUUUGUAAAAAAACAAAAACAAAAAAACGAAGGGAUUAUAAUUUAUGUACCGUUACUUAUGAUUUUAUCAGUAAUUUCGCAACUUUUCACAGUGAGUUUUAGUGACAAUGAUAUUUAUACGCUUUAGGCCAACUAUAUAACCUUAAUGGUGAAACUUUUUAAUUUUUCUCUGCAUUUUGUGCAAUUUUGAAGCAAUUUCAUUUAUUAAAAUCGCCAUGUUUAAUUUAGAAUUGUAUGAAAUCAUUUCAAGGUCAGAUUCCUUUUCAUGAGUUUCUUUUAAGAAAUACUCAUUGAGCAACUACAAGAAUUAACAUCAUCUCUUUUUGUUGUUGUUGUUGUAUUAAUCGAAACAAAAGUAUUCAGACUAUCUUUCCAACUAUAGGCCUAAGGUCUUGGAGUAUCCGUAUGUCUAUUAACGCUUUUGUUAAGAUUCGCUUUAGUAGAUAUACUAUUCCUAUUUCUUGUUUAAAGGUAAAAUAACUGUAUAUCACUUACAGUGACAUGAGCUUUUACAUUAAACAUAACUUAUUAAAUUAAAUGCUAUAAAUCAUAGAGAACUCCCCCUAAUUUUGUCAGUGUUCAAUUAAGACGUUUUGAAAAAAAAAUAAUCGUCUUUCCUCUGUUUUCAUUUAUUCAGAUUUUGAAAAAUUUAAAUUGCUUCAGCUUUUUUAUGAAAAUUUUAAUCUUUCGAAUUUAAAAGAGAUACAACUCGUUGACUUCUGCAAACUAGAAAUGAGGUUUCAGGCUUAAAACUAAAAAUGUAAAUUAUGAAUUGAUUAAGCUUCCUAUAUACACACAUCAAAUAAAGUUAAGGAACACCAUAGUCUUAAAACACCUGGUAGAUUAGAAACGAAGAUAUACAAUUUACAUGUAUCAAGAAUUAUGAACAAUGCACAUGCACAAAAAUGUGAAGUUGAAUCAAGUUGGAAAAAUGGUACGAGAAUAAACAAUGUUUAGGAGGGUAUGAAGUGGUACAGCAAUAUGUAAUUCCAUUAAUAGGGAAUGUGACCACAGUGAGCUGGUAAGCAUGCACUACGAGGAUUAUUCAUGCUUACAAUGAGGCAAUUGGUCAAGUCCUGUGGAAUUAAAGGCCGCUAUUCAUGCACAGCUACUAUCAGCUGGGAAGUGGGUGAUUUCGUUUAGCUACACGUCUCUCCAGGGCAUCUCAAACGUGUUCGAUUUGUUUAGUUCUGGAGGAAACGCCAGCCAUUCUAAUAUUUCGAUUCCAUUAUACUGAAAAUAUUCAUCCACAAUCCUAGCUCUAUAUGGUCUUGCAUUAGCGUUCAUAAGGAUGAUAGAAUCGCCAAUAGCAACAGCAUUUUGGCGUAAAUAAUGCUCAAAGAUGCCGACCCUAUAUCUCAGAGCAUUCAUAGGGCCACUCUACAAGACAUAGAGAUCUGUGAGACUAUCGAUACAGCUGGCAACCCAGACUAAUAUUUCACCAUCUCCAAAGGUUUUCCAUUUGCAAGUGCAGCAAUUCAAAAAUCGUUCAUUUCAUCUUCUCCAGAUCCUAGCACGUCGGGAUACACUCUCCAAACUUAACCUUGAUUCAUCUGGUGAUCAAAAAUUGGUCUUCUACAAUUGUCCCAAUAAAGGUGUUCCUGACACCAUUUUCUCCUCUCUGCGCGAUGAUAAUGGCUUAAUGAAUCAAAAAUUAUAGGUAUUCGAGAAUAGAAUCCGAUCUUGAGAUGUCGGUUCCUAACAGUUUGGCUAGAUAUCCACACAUUAGAGGCCAGGUAUGGCUCUUAGAAAAUAAACGUGUUUUUUAUUCCCUAUUUCUUCUGGCCAGUAGGGAUAUGUAGCGAUCAUAUGUCACUGUUUUACUGAAAACGACCUGUUUUAGGACUAGCAUAAACAGUUCCCGUGUCUAAAAACCGUCUCCAUAUUCGAUUUAACACAUUAGGUGACACUCCAAGCCAAGACACAACUUGUAUCUGCCUUUGUUCUGCCUGGAGUCUUCCAGCUUCUCUCUACAUUAGACUGUCUUCUGAAUGUAAUUCACUGCCCAUGUUUAUUGCGAAGACUAUUAAAUUGGUUCCAUUGUACAAAGAUGUAGCUUAGACGGUCAGAAGGUCGAAUGACACGAAUUGAAAAUUUCCUACUUUCAUGAAUGUAUGGGAUACUGCUACAAGGAUCAUUUCGCCAGAGUAAUAUGCAGUAUCAUUUCGAACGUCAUUAAACCAAAAUCUCUCGUUUCCACUCUUUUGUUUUGUCCCUCGAUGGGAGGGUGGUAAGUUUACGAAUUUACAACGCUAAAAUCCGGAGUUUGAUUCUUCGCGGUGGAUAUAGCUGAUAGCUCAAUAGGACUUCGUUCUAGAGUCUAGAACAAACAACGCUCUUUUUCCUUUUUAUUAAAUUAGAAGUGUUCCUUAACUUUUUUAUGUGUGUGUAUUUUUUUUUCUCAUAUGUAUACUUUUAUUUCCGUCACAUUAACUGCCAUUUGUAUGCUUUAGGUAUUGAUAAAGCGUACACACUAAAACACAAAAGUUCGUGGACAUUUUCGUUAUGAAACAAUUUUAGAUCAUUACGUUCUUCUGAUUAUUUUAUAUUGUAUGAAAAUUUUUGCAGUUACACGAUGUUUAAAGGAACUUCAUAAUGGCUUAUUUUGAAUACUGAAUGUGUAUAAAUCUUGUAAAUGUAACGUGUACACUGACGGUACUGUUCAAUUUUAUGCUUGUUACUAAUUAUAUAGAGAUAUCACUUUCUCUUAUAGAAAGCACCAACUAGUUAUUUUAUUUCUCGUCUGUUCUUCAACAACAUUUUAUAGGCUAAACUUUGCAGAUGUUUUCUUAUAACAUUAACCCUCCAGUGGCACAGCGGCAUGUCUGCGGACUUAUAACGCUAGAAAUCGGGUUUCAAUAUCCGUGGUAGGCAGAACACAGAUAACCCAUUGCGUAGCUUUGUGUUUAAUUACAAACAAACUUACAACCUUAAAUGCUUGCUACAUGUCUAAUGAUAUAUUUAGACCAUUUUUGUAUAUUCAAAGAAAGGAAAUUAAAACUGUAAUUUAAAAACUUGUUAAUAGUAGAAGUAAUAAUAAUAAAAUCAUCUUAUUUACAUUGUUUAAAUUGGGUUAAAAAUAGGAAUAAAUAUUUAAAAAAGAUUCACAAUAGUUAAUGAUAAUAAAGUAUAAGUGGUUUUCUGUGGGCCGAUUGCUUACCUGUGGUCGGUGGUUAGAAAUUAGAAACGGCGCAACGCUAAUCCAGACCGCAUACUGACAAAUAUCAAGAACGAUACUUCGUAUUUGGAAGGAGGAUGCCUAUGUUGGGUCGGUGCUAAACUUCACUAGCGUCUAAAUAAAUGAUAAAUGAAACAGUAUUGUCAGUUAAUAUUGUACUACGACUUAAUCAGUAGUGAAAAACGAUGUGAGACUAGUUUUGACUAAUCUGAACAAUAAAAAAUCAGUCGAUUUGAUAUUUUUCCGUCUUUAUUAUGACAAUAACUCAAGGUAGGUUCCGCAUGUAAUUAGAAGGAGUAAAAACGGGUUUAGUACUUGUCAUGAUGAUAAUGCAGAAUAGAUUCUGGUGUUAUAUUUUUAAGUUUAGUGACUUAGGGGUCAGUCUGGUUUCAUAUUUCUAGUCGUAAUGAUGUAAAAGCUAAUAUGACUACGUAACAUCCAGCCAGUUUAUUUGGAAGUAUUCAGUGCUUCACUUUAUCUUGACGUAAUGUGGGGAAAGGUCAGGAUUCACAUGUUCUCUAUGAGGCGUGUUUCAUAUAUUUAAAUUUACUGAUAUGGAAGUCAAUCAGGUAUCAUUCUUUCUUAUGCACAAGUUAGAACCCUAUGUAGUUUCAUUGUUUUUUCAGUCUAAAAGUGUUAAAUUUGGUCUCGUUUGAUAUCUUUCAGUUUAAAGGUGUAGAGUGCAGUCUAUUUUGCAUUUUUCAGUCAUAUUUUAUAAUUUUUUUACUGAUGAUUAAGAUGGUAAUCUUCUUUCGUUUCAUCCACUUUUAUUAUGCGGAUUACUGCCUGGUUUCAUAUAAUUGCUCAACUGUAUUGUAUAUGUUUAUCAUAUUUUAGUAUAUAAAUCAAAGUGAACAAUACCAUUCGAUCAUGUCAUUUCCAUUACAUAAACUGUAUAUCUGUAUUCAUAGUGUUCAAAAUUCGUGUGUGAAAAAUGUGAAAUAUAGAGGAGAAUGCUCAUGAUUGAAUUCAAUUUUUCAACAAAUUAGAAUCAAGUCCAACGUAUUUUUUCUAGCAACUGUACACUUUUAGGAAUUAAUUGAUUUGUUUUAUAAAAUUGACUGGAAACGGGUAAGCUAAAGUGUUAAUAAUCGUGUUCUAUCUAAUAUUAGGUUUAAGUUGUAUUUGAGUAAAUGUUAUGUGAUGUUUUUUUGUAUUAAUUGUACUCUAUUACAUGUAAGCAUCGACACUGAUAUAUUUCCUCAAACCUGUUUUAACACAGUGUUUUGUUUUAGAUUAAAUCACUGAAAAAAAGUAGUCAGUUAGAUUUAAAAAGAUUCUUUUUUUACAGUACUGAGUUAAUCUAUUUAGAAUCUUAAAGUGAAUUUUACGAUUUUUACUGACCUGUGUACAGUAAAAAAAAAUCCUGGAUAACAGCAGUUCCUGAAAACAUCAUAUGGUUUUUUGCAAUCUUUGGUUUGAAUUAAGUUCAAUAAAAGGCAACUAAUGGAUAUCUCCUGCACUUCGAUUACUAUAAAACAAAGUUUUAGAUAAAUACAUGUACCAGUCACUUUGUAGAAAUAAAUGAGAUUUCACCGAUUUCA